UGUCUGCACUACCUUGACAAUAAGUACGUCUUCGAAUUCAUGAUCCGGCACUGAUUUUACGAUCUAUGAGCACUAAUGUAGACCCAGUCAGUAGAGCGAUCGUAACUUAUUACUCCGCUUUUGGACCUAUCGAAAAUAUGUCGCCCCGAGCCCUAUACCUCGCAAACAUUGUCAACUGGGCCGUACUAUACUCCUCGUUCAUAUUGGCCACCUUGCUAUGGUGCACAAUUUUCAUUGUUUAUCGCAUCCUGAGAGUGACCGGUAUUGCUGGGAUGCGUGUAUACCAUAGGGUCGUAGAGAUGCUCGUAGAAUCGGCGUCUCUCUACUCUACGGUAUUAAUCGUUCUGCUUGUGUUCGAAGUUCAUAAUGAGGGAGUAGCUGGAUCUUACGUCGAAGAGCUGGCGAUUGCUGCGAGGGGAAUCAUACCUACAAUUCUAGUCGGCCGUAUCGCAGCAGGGCAUGCACGCCCGGACGACUCCUGGAGCGAAAAUACCACAGCAUCGUCGCUUCAAUUCAAAAGUCACUCAGAUUUGCAGAGUGACAGCUCUGAAACGAGUGCGGGAUCUCUAUUCGACACAUCUCCGCAUAUAAUACCUGACAUAGAAAAUGGGUUAGAGGAUAGAACACAGAUUUAGUGCAAACUUGCAACGUACGCAAUUGUUCGACAUGCCACUUUUAAUUCCGUAGAUUGUAGCGUUGCGUAAAGUAGAACGAGUUUUAAUUUGGUAACGGUCAGCUACGAACUACCAUCAGACUUUGGCACCUAAAAAUGAUCAGAAGUUACU